CAACCAACAAAUGCAUGGAAAGACAGCUUCUCUGAAGAGUCCUGUGUUCUGCACAAAGAAACUAGACAAAGUUCAGGAGCCCCCAGACUACAGUCUGCACUGGCCAGAAGGCUUGAAGGGCGGAGAGAUAAAGAAGUGCAGUCAAGAAGGGAUGGUACUGAGUAAAUACAACCAGCAAUACCACAAGCUGUUUAAGGACAUUCCCUUGGAGGAGGUGCUUCUCAAAGUGUGCUCCUGUGCCCUCCAGAGGGACCUCCUUCUCCAGGGCCGACUCUACAUCUCCCCCAACUGGCUCUGCUUCCAUGCCAGCCUCUUUGGCAAAGAUAUCAAGGUAGUCAUUCCUGUGGUAUCUGUGCAAAUGAUCAAAAAACACAAGAUGGCGCGGCUCCUUCCCAAUGGACUGGCCAUCACCACCAACACCAGCCAGAAGUACGUCUUUGUGUCAUUGCUCUCUCGGGACAGUGUAUAUGACACGCUGAGGAGGGUGUGCACCCACCUACAGCCUUCCAGCAAGAAGAGUCUGAGUGUAAGAGAAUUUCCAGAGGAACCCCAGUGCAAGUCUCUGGAAGUCCUCAUCCCUGAGAUGAAGUGGAGAAAAGUGUGCCCUGCCUCCAGUUCCCUGUCCCUCCCAGACAACAUCCCUCGUAUCCCUCGUGCUUCCAUGGACUCCACAGAUAGCUUCUUCCACUCCACGAAGUCUUCAGGGUCUGAGAAUGCUGUCUGUGAGGAAGACAAGCUCGAGGAGGAGCCCAGCAGCAAUGGGGAGCUGAGGCUCUGGGAUUACCGCCUCCUCAAGGUCGUCUUUGUGCUCAUCUGCUUCUUGGUCAUGUCCUCAUCCUAUCUGGCAUUCCGCAUCUCCCAGCUGGAACAGCAGUUAUGCUCCUUGAAUUGGGAUGGCCCAGUUCCUGGGCACAGGUGA